AUGCAUCUCAAACUACUGAGGGUUGCUAUCGAAACGAAUCCAGAACAACAAUCGCUAGCGCAAAAGCGUAGCUCAGAACUUCCAAUUGAGACGUCUGUAAACCCCACUUCGCUGCAAGAGUGCUGGGCCACGGGUACAAGCGAUAAGUUUUGCGAGGGCGACCUCCUACCAGACAUCAUCAAGGACAUUCUCAAGAGUAUCGAUAAGGAUAAUGGGAUGUCGACAACUCUUGUGCAAGGAUUGGGUUUCGCUCACAGUCCACGAUUAUCAUUCACGUUUUCCAACUCCGUUACAGAGCUUACGCCGGAGAUUGUUGUCACUACAGCUACGACAAAGCUGCCAUUCUUACUGUAUAGUACUCGUCGCCAUACAACUCGUGUGCGAAAAGAGCUCUCACUCGGCCGAUGUGGUGGUUCUGCGGUAAAGAAGUUGUUAAGAAAUACGGCGGCGACGAAAUGGCACACGAACCUAGAUCCGUUCGAUGUAGCCUGCCUGAUUGCAAUGGCACAAGAGCAGAGGUCUAGAAUAAGAGGAUUUGCUGGGGGAUGGGGCACCGACAGCAUGGUCUACACUGUUUACCUAAUAAUCCCCAACAACCGCCAAUCCCUCCAUUUGUUCACCGCUCGUAUUCCGACCUCAUACCUAGAUGCUCUGGGGAAUAUUGAGAUCGAGGUCACAGAUCACCUCCACAUCACUCGCGAGACUAUUCCCGUCCCUUCUGGAUCCGCCACACAAACCAGUAACAUACUAGUCGACCGGAUCAGCGAGAUGGUGGAGCUGGUGUACGCGCACCAGGUGUUAGCCCCUCAGGAAACCUAUGUUCAAGACGAGUGGGACCUGGGAAAUGAAGAUACCCCACAUUCCGACGAGGCCGGUCUAUGGGGCGAGGACGACAAUUAG